AUGGAACCACUUCACAUCACCGAAUUCGCUUCCGAGCGAUACUUUAGUAAAUUACGACAAAUUAAUGAGAAUGACAAUGGAUCGACUCCAGCUUCGCCAUCAGCCACGGGAACAACAUCCAAUGCACAAAUUGGUCCUUCGACGGUCCCUAUCAUUACUCAUGAGCCAUCGCCAUUGGAAGCAGCUACAUUCAACCUACCAUCAAGGCAACGAAAUGCGAAUCAUGAGAAUUUGGUUUUAAGACCUAGCGAUCAAAGGAAACGUUCACUUGGACACGACCUCACUUCACUACGAACACAACGUCGACCAAGUUUUAGUGGUUCAUUGGGCGCUUUAAGAUCAAAAGUUAACAUCACACAUAAAGCUCCGUCGAUUGCCGAAACCCACCAGGGAUUAGUUGUGGAAAGGAUUGAAAGACAAAGUGUCACUCUCUCUGAUCUCUUCCUGGCACUCCCAAACGAAUUACAAGCUCAAAUCAUCGCACCUUUACCAAUCCAUACAAUACUUGACCUACGACAAGUUUCCAAAUCAUUUCAUGCUUUAGUUACGUUGAAUGAAGCACCGAUUGCAAGAUACCAUGCAGCACAUACAUUACCCGAUUAUACCAUACGAUUAUAUCCUCUACCGGACCCUGGGAAUCUGAAUUUACAUUACUUGGGUGGAAUAUGGCAUCGAUUACAUGUUGCAUCGAAAUUAUCUACAAUGAUCUCUCUACAAGCUCGAAAGGAGAUAUUCUUAAGGACGACUGAAGCUCAAAAGGCGGAAUUCCAACCACAAUAUGAACGAAUGCGUCAACGAUUAAUCCCACUUGUCUUCACAAUCUUCCAUUUCUUCGAAACCUACCGCAAUAUAUACGCUCAACAUCUUGCAAGACGUGGGGCACCUUUAACACGAUUAGCAUAUACGCUUAAUCCAUUCGAAUCUUAUGUCAUGAGUAUGUAUGAUGACAGAACAUUAUUACAUGUUCAUCAAGUAUUUCCUCUGUUCAUGUCAUCGUUUUCUCGUCGUUUAAGGCCUCCUUCCUAUGUUGGAAGAGUGGAAAGGUCAAUCAGAGGUUACUUGAAGGAUCGACCACCCGAUGAAGUUUAUGCGACCAUCUUGACCGUAGGAGGACUAAGACAAGCUCAAAGAUUUUGGGAAACGAAAGGAUAUAAUGCGAGGAGAGCAGCUGUCGAUCAAUGGUAUGGACUUUUACAGAGUAGUCGCUUACCUAUUGUCGAACCUAACGCUGUUACACCAAAAUCCAAGAUGUCGAAAUUUACUCAUCUGGGAAGAAAGAAGGCUCCACAACCUAUGGCUCAACCUCCACCGGAUAACUCGGGUCAUGAUUCUUCAGGAUGUAAUGAAUGGUUUUGUGUUAAACCUAAUUGUAUAGCCGCCAGACGAAAUACAUCGGACGAUAGUUUGGUAUGGAGAACUAGUCUUUCAGCAGGUCCACCGAUGCGUCCAUUAGGAAGAGAAGAAUUAAGGUUGUUGGUGGAGAAUGUCCCUGAUUUACAUGAUAUUUGGGCCAAAACAGCUGAAGCUACCAUUCUAGAGAGAGGUAUUGUGGAUAGACCUGAGAGGAUUAAGAAAAACAGUUUGGCUUUACUUGAUUUAAUCAAGGAGGACGGAAGAGAUGAAAUGGAAGGAUGGGAAUCAGGAAGAACUGGAGGAAAUGCAACGGAUGGAUCCGAAGUUAUUGAUGCAGGAGCGGUUUCGGAUUGA